AUGUCUGGGGGCUCAGGAAGUGAUGACUGUGUAACAGAUAAUGGGAGGAUUUACAUUCCUAAAGUAAGAAAUGAGGAAACACCAGCAGUUGGGAUGAAGUUCGACUUGCUUGACCUCGUUUAUAAUUUCUAUAAUAGAUAUGCAUUCUUGGCUGGCUUUUGUAUUCGACUUCAUUCCAGCUUUUGGGGGAAAAAUAAGAAAGAGAUUCUGAGGAAAGAAUUUGUAUGUUGCAAACAAGGUGCAUACAGGAAAGAUGAAACUCGGGAGAGAAAAAGACAGCGGGGAAUAAGUAGAUGUGAUUGCAAAGCUAAGAUUGUGGUUGUGAAGACAAAUAGGAGCAAGAAGUAUACCAUCUCUCUUUUUGUAGAUGGACACAAUCAUAAGAUGACACCCUCAGAAAGAGUGCAUUUAUUGAGAUCACACCGUCGUAUUUCAAAUUCUACAAAAGUACUCACAAAACAGUUGGGCUCGGUUAAUAUUCUCAUUCAUCAGAAGGUAAGUAUUUUCGAGGUGCAAUCUGGAGGAAUGGAUAAAAUGGGUUUUAUCAAAAAUGAUAUUUACAAUCUUGAAUGUAAUGUGAAUGGGAAGCUAAGGAACCACGAUAUUGAACUAGUGACUGAGCUGAGGGAGAUGGCGAUGACAGGUUUAGUCGAUGUUUUUGGGCAGAUGCAACUUCUAGACGGGCAUACGGCAUGUGCAUUUUUGAGCAAGGAAACGAUUGAGUCGUUUAUUUGGAUGUUUAAGGAGUUUAAGAAAGCCAUGCCAGGUGGUGAACCUAAAACGAUCAUUACAGAUCAAGAUGCGGCAAUGACCAGAGCGAUUUCAAUAGCCUUCCCAACUACAUUUCAUCGACUUUGCAUAUGGCACAUCACAUCAAAGUUCUCUGUUAAGUUACCACAUUUUGCUUUUAAGGAGUAUUGGAGUGAAUUUCAGAAAGUCAUAUGGGAUACUGACAAUAAGGAUGAGUUUGAUGCGAAGUGGAAUAUUGUGGUUACAAAGGCUGGUUUGACUGACCAUCCAUGGCUACGUUCAAUGUUUGAUUUAAGGAAAUCUUGGGUUCCAGCCUACGCACGACACUUUUUUGCUGCUGGAAUGUCAAGCAGCCAAAGAGCGGAAUGUUCUCAUGCUUUCUUCAAGCAAUACAUAUCAAGGAGAAAUUCGUUGAUGGAUUUCAUAAUACGAUUUGAGAGGGCACUUUCUCAUCAACGUCAAAAAGAGUUAGUUGUUGAUCACGUAGAUGCAUUUGAAGUGGCUUAA